ACAAGUUUAAUUCAAUCCCUCAACAUCCACCCCACUACAGUUCCCCACCCUCGACAGUCUCCCAUCCGCUACCGCUCUCGCAAUGUCGGCUGUCGAUUACAUCCUCCAGGAGGCCCCGGUCGGCUACGGCUUGUACGAGGUUGUCCAGCAACCUGAUACAAUUGGCAAUCGCCUGAAGGAAGUCCAAGAGGCCGCCAAUGACCUCUCGAAGUUUGGAAAGAUGAUCAAGCUGGUGUCUUUUGCGCCUUUCCAAGGUGCCGCCCAAGCGCUUGAGAACGCAAAUGACAUCUCUGAGGGUAUCGCCAGCGCCCACCUCUUGUCGCUCUUGGAGUUGAACCUCCCUAAGGGCGGAAAGAAGAAGAAGGUUGUCCUCGGUAUCGCCGACAAGAACUUGGCUGGUUCUAUCAAGGCCGCUUUCCCCGGCGUCGACUGUGAGACGAAUGAAGUCGUGCAAGAUCUUCUCCGUGGACUGCGCCUGCACGGUGAUAAGCUCCUCAAGGCACUCCAGCCUGGUGAUAUGGACCGCGCUCAGCUUGGUUUGGGGCACGCCUACUCCCGCGCGAAGGUAAAGUUCUCGGUCCAGAAGAACGACAACCACAUCAUUCAGUCCAUUGCGCUGUUGGAUCUCAUGGACAAGGACAUUAACACUUUCUCCAUGCGUGUUCGUGAAUGGUACGGCUGGCACUUCCCGGAACUCAUCAAGAUCGUCUCGGACAACUACAAGUACUGCAAGUUGGUUGCGCACAUCAAGGAGAAGAAGACGCUCAACAACGAGCAGCUCCACGAGCUGGCCGCCUACGUUGACGACGACCAGGAGAUCGCACAGGCCAUCAUUGACGCCGCGAAGAUGUCGAUGGGUCAGGACAUCUCUGACGCAGACAUGGAGAACAUUUUGACGUUCGCCACCAAAGUUAACUCGCUCGCGGACUUCCGCAAGCAGAUCUUCGACUACUUGACUGACAAGAUGUCCGUCGUUGCUCCUAACUUGGCCAAGCUCAUCGGAGAGGUCGUUGCCGCCCGUCUCAUCUCGCACGCUGGUUCUUUGACCAACCUGUCCAAGUACCCCGCCUCGACAGUGCAGAUUCUCGGUGCAGAGAAGGCGCUCUUCCGUGCGCUGAAGACCAAGGGCAACACCCCCAAGUAUGGUCUCAUCUACCACUCUUCCUUCAUUGGAAGGGCCGGAGCCAAGAACAAGGGUCGCAUCUCGCGAUUCUUGGCCAACAAGUGUUCCAUUGCUUCCAGAAUCGAUGCUUUCUCAGACAACCCCACUACCGUUUUCGGAGAGGCUUUGAGGAACCAGGUUGAGGAGCGGUUAGAGUUUUACGCCAACGGCACUGCGCCCACCAAGAACGAGGUCGCCAUGAAAUCCGCCAUGGACUCGGUCUUGGGUGACAUCAACAUCUCCGCUGGUAACGACGACAAGGACUCGGACGACGAGGCUGUCAAGCCCAGUAAGAAAGAGAAGAAGGACAAGAAGGAGAAGAAGGACAAGAAGGAAAAGAAGGAGAAGAAGAGCAAGAAGGAGGCCGAGCCGGAACCCGAGUCCAAGAAGAGACCGAGAGAGGACGAUGCGGAGGAGCCUGUGGAGAAGAAGAAGUCCAAGAAGGACAAGAAAGAGAAGAAGGAGAAGAAGAAGGAGAAGAAGAGCAAAGCUUAGAUUGCAGCAUAAGUUCCUUUUCCGCUCUUUGGUACAAUCAACGGACCGCACCUCUGCGGGUAAUUGUGUGGAGGACAAGGG